ACAGCGUCGCUGUGUUUUACUUUUGCAAGAAGUGGGUCGCGACUGACGAUCGCGACACGAUUUUCCGCGUUCCGGGUGCAGACAGUCGUUUCCGGGCACCGGUACCAGUGAUCGAUACUUUUUUGGCAUUUCGCGGCGCGUUUGCUGUGAUUAUGUGAUGCGGUGUUGAAAAUAUUGACUGAUCGAGACGCGUUUCGCACACGGUGAUUUGGAUACUUUGCCAGUUUGGAAAAUGUCACGGGUUAGGAUGAGCGGAGGUGCAGUUUUGCUGCUCUCGAUGGUAUUGCUCGAGUGUGUUCAAGUCCUCCUGCAUGAAGUAGAAUCUGGAACAAUAACAGAGUGUCGGUUGUUGUUGAAACGAACUUGCUGACGUUCCGACAAUCAUCCUGUUGACUUCUUCAGAGCUUAAACUGAAACUAAAGUAGAUUCAUCAACCAUCGAAGUAGGGGGAAUCCUGAAGUAUUUGAGAUGUGGUGUUAUAGAAGAAUCGUGAAAAUGUCACAUGGUUUAGGUUAUGUCAAUCCGCCGCCGAGAAGACGAAGAGAAGAAAACAAAGAUGUCACUACCGUUCUUCUAGUGGACAACCACGGCAAGUCGUCCAUCGGGAGAUUUCUGAGCGUAAAACCUGAAUUAGGCUUAAUCACGUCCACCGCGCGUACUUUCAUCCAAGACGGCGUCACCACAGAGUACGCCACCCAAGUACUCGGUACCACUUUAGACAACGGACGACUGUACGCCCACUUACUGACCAAAAGCUCGAGGGUACUGUACGACGGCCCGACGAAAUCACACAACAACAAUAAGUGGACGCUUGAUGAUAAAUCAACGCCUGCCAAUGUCAGAAACCUGGACUAUAUCUCGCCUAAUGCCCCCGAUGCUGUUUAUGUGUUCCCUACUGUUUCCCAUUCCCGGGACUCCGAAGAAAUCCUCAAAGAACAACCGUCUAAUAACGCCAGAAUACCUUACGAUCGAGAGACGAACAAAGUGUUCAAAAUAAACGCCAACGAGAACGUCAUCCCUCACAAGGAUACUUUGCCCAAUAGUUUCGGACCUUCCAAAGUUACUGCGUGGGAAAAUUUGCCCACUUUCACGGUGAGGAAUGAGUUUUCUCCUUCGGGGUUCUCUUUUUUGGGCGACCUGCCUGAUUUUGACGCCCGGACCGAAAGAACCAAACUUACGACUUCUAAAGAUCGCAAGGCGAAGCUCUUGUUCAAAGCCGGCCUCGUUAAGCCCAACCCUAAGGAACUGGAAACUGUCACUUACUCAGGUUUCGCCGAUUUCACUACCACUGUCGCGAAUACCGUUAUCGUGUUCACUCCUCACACUGCCGAAGUGCCUCAAAACGUAGCUGACGUGACGAAGAUAUCCGUAGAGCCCACUAUUAAACCCACUUCAGUUCAGAUAGAAUCGACAGCUACCGAAGAAGUUAAGGAGAUUUCCCUAAACACAAAACUGGAAACGUUUGUCUCUCAGAAUCCGCCACUGUCUACUCACACAUCAGAAAGUCAUAAAUUCGAUUUGAAAUCGACCAUGGUUAUCGACAAGAAAGAUAGAAAUGGAAAAAGCCAGCUGCCAGACGAACCUAUAGAUCUAAAUGCCAAAUUCUCUGUGUUAGCACAUGAGCAGCAACAGGAAAGCGGCAUUACGUUUACUCCAGAUAUAAUACAGCCAUCUGAAACUCAACCUGCAAUGCUUUCAACCCCAUCUGACGAAGACAUAGCUAAAAUCCUAGCUUCACUUCAAGCUUUAGCCGGUCAAACGACGCAACCGCUGAGUAGUAUCAGCGGUUCUACGAUAUUCUUCGAUGCGGACCCUAUGGACCAGUUUACGAUGGAGCCUCAAAAGUCCGGCGGAGCUACUACCAUAUUCUUCGAGGACGAGCUCGAACCGAGUACAACUCGGCAUCCCGAGAGCACGACAGCUAUGGAAUUGCCAAUCACUACUACCGAGCAAGAGGAGGAAUCCACUACAGAGGAAGUCACAACGGUUACCGAUAGGGAACUAGAGACUACUCCACAGAACGAAAUCGAUACCGAAAAACCUGCAGACGACGAUGUCUGUACAGAUGGCAAGAUCGUCAUUCCUUCCACCACGUAUAAAACGCUGACGUAUUUGACGACUUUUUUCAUCCCCGGGGAAGAAACCACAUCGACUUCGAUAAAAUCUAAUAUCGUAGUAUCCACUGUGGUAAAUUCGCACUGUAACGAAGCGUCUGUUGCAGUAAUGACCACGGAGGAGAGUAAGACAACGACAGAGCAAAUCUUCACCACCACAGAGAUAGAAUAUGACGUUCAAACAACUCCUACGACUCCUAAAGAUGAACUCACAACUGGUCGGGAAGACGCGACCACUCCUCAGGAAGUGACGACCGAAACGCGUCACGUGACGGAGUCUGAACCGGAGGCGACCGAAGCUACCACCGAAGAAGGCGACGAAAUUCAGUUGAUAUUUAAAACGUUGUAUACGACGUACACGUAUCUGACAACGUACUUCCAAGAUAGUACCAGCUCGGUCGCCAGUAGAGUUGUAGUUACGACUAACGUAAUCACGUCGACUUUGGAUGCGGACUUCGAUUCUACCGACCCGGCAGUCGCAGGCUUGCUAGAUGACGAAGACGACGUAAUCGUACCUUCUAGGACGGUGUCGUUCGAUGAUUUAGCAGGGAUUCAGUCGGAACGAGAUGAAGAAUCAUCGGAAGAUGACAUACUAGAAGCAACCCCAGCUCUCGACGACGAGCACUUACGGACCGCUAACGGCGUGAAGACUUUCUACACUACUUACACGUACUUUACGACUAUCUUCGUGGACGGCGAGACUGAAAUUUCCAAUCGGACAGAAGUUUACACCAACUACGUCACGCCGAGCUUGGCGUCAUCUGUUGGGGUCGCGAUACAACCUACAAAAUUGGGAAACGAAGUACCCUUAGACGAGGAACAGCUUCUACUUCAGAACAAACUCAGGAGUCUAAAAUACGAUACGUUAAACGAGCAGAAGCUAGACAAUGAAAUCCUUAAUCUUAACGACUACGAAACCGUCGCAACGGUGGUUCGCAGCAGCACGUCGAAAGGUGACGCACGCGUUCUCGACAACUUAGAUAAAAGGAAUGUGCUUGUAGAUGACCAGAUUGUGUCAGAAUCGAACAACGAUUCGGAAAUCAUCCCUUCUCCGACGCUACUUCUGCAGACUAGCUACACCACGUUUACGUAUUUCACGACGAUGUACCACGGCACGACUUCCAGCGACGUUGCGAGCAGACUCGAAACCGUUACCAACGUGGUGACGCAAACGCUAACUCCGACGGAGACGUUGAGCGCGGAAGAUUCGAGUUUGCCCGUUACUUAUUUCACCACAUUCACGUAUUGGACCACCCUGUACAAGGAUGGUGAAACCAGAGUGACGAGCAGGGAAGAGACCAUUUCUAAUGUAGUGACGCCCACGGUAACGUCGACUGAAGCCGCUUUGCUACCGACCGCUUCACCGAGCGGCACUCUAGGACCUUCUGAAUUGUCGACACCCUUAGUGCCGUCCACCGUAGGCGACGACGAGCUUACCACCUUCUUCACUACCUACACGUAUUACACCACCUCCUACGUCGGAGACGAGACUAUCUUAAACAGUCGAUUGGAGACUGUGACUAAUGUGUUGAAUCAAACUGAUGACAACUCGAGCGCCACUGGAAAUAUUGAAUUAUCUUCGACUACUAUUAAGUCGACUGGCCGGUUGUCGACCGUACUAGACACUUUGGAGUUCAACGGCACAACCACCAACGGCUCGUAUGCUAAAGUUUUGGAGAGCACGUCCUUGAUUUUACCCACUUUGACGGAAGAUUUGCUAAAGCCCACCGGGAUUGUAAGCAUAAACCAGGGAAAAAUAGUGGACGCUGACGGCGUAAGCACUCUUUUUUACACCACUCAAGCCGUGGGAACAUACAUCGAUGACCUCUACGCCCAAGUGAUCGAGAGCACCAGUUCACUCGCAGUGGACCAGGAAAAGAAGUCGUCUUUAGGCACCGAUCUACCGACCCCGCACAGAACCGGUUUGGUUAGGCUCAUAGAGGGUAGCAUCGUGCAAAACCAAACGACCACGCUGUAUCGGUCGAAGGUAUUGGGCACCGUCAUAGAUGGGCGUUACGCGCAAAUCAUAGAGAGCACUUCGAGCUUUCUUCUGCCUCAGAUAUUGCCUAGCACUUUAGUGAACGAAAUCGUACCUAGUCCGACGAAAUCUCCGGAAGAAAGCGUGGAGGCUACGGCUACGAUAACACCCGCACCGGUCGCCAUAGAAGGCUCCAUAAAUGAAGAAAGUCUUGAAGAUGAAGACGACGAAGACAAACCGAAAUCGAGACUAUCGUUUCAAUCGAAGAAGCGUACCUUUACUCCUGCGAUAAGGCCUUUCGCUUCGAGACAAAGACCAACCUUCGCUCCCAAAAGAAGCAAGCCCGGCCAAACUACGGCGGCCACGAUCACCAGGUCCGAUUUCACACCGACGGUGACCGCGGUACCGGCUUCUAAACAAAACAGGUUCGGAGCGAGGCGAUCCAAUAGCGUUUCGUCCACGGUGUCAGGGUCCCGCAGGUUCUCCAAGCCUACCGCUGGAGCUAGAAGAAGCGGAAGCAGUAGAAUUCAGCCCACAUCCUCGGGUAGCUCCAGAAGAGGAGGUUUUAGGACGUCCGCUAGUUCUUUAAACAGACAGCGAAUCAGGCCGACCGGAGUCCCCGGCCUGAGCAGGUCUCCAAGCUCCAAGGUUUUAUCGGAAGCACCACCCGACGAGGAAAACGAAUUGACAACCGACAUUCCGUUCACCGAGGAUACAACGUUGCCGCUGCAAUCGACGACUGAGUCUGCCAGGCGCAGCAAUAACCCCUUGCUGCGCUUCAGAAGACCUAACGUGCCCCGUACCUCCCCCGCCGCGAAAUCAUCAACGAAAAAAGCCGUCGCGACGACGACAACGACCAAACCUCGAACCACCAGGCCGACUAGUUUACUAAGUCGCUCCAGGUCCAACAAUUUAUUCCCCAGAAGGAACUUGUUUACAACCACCACGGCGUCGUCUCCAGAGGAACCGGACUUGGAAGAGGAUAGCGAAGUUUUGUCGGAAGAAGAUACCGAUUACGACUCCUCGCUGUUUAACACUCGAACCGAGAAUCCUCCGACGACGCCUUCGUCAAGAGGUGGUAAAACUUUCAACUCUGUGUCCAUUAAGCCGUUCUUCAGGAAGAGGUUUAGGAGGGAUACGUACUCGAAAUUCCGGAGACCGUCGGGAAGGACUACCCCGGCGACGGUGAUUGAAGAGGAAAUCAUAGAGGAAAUGACGCCUAAGCCAGCGUACAGGAGCCGGUUCCAGCCAAACAAGCGUCGAAAAUCACCGACACAGGCUACGACUCAAGCGUCGACUAGGAAGAGGAUAUCACCUAGCAAACCUUCUUCGGGAAGAACUCAGUUUACUUUGAGGGAGAAGGACGCCGCUACUGCCAGAUCCAACUUUAAAAGACGUGGCAGCGCGACCACCAGAACCACUACCACGGCGCCCAGAGCCAAUAACAGAUCUUCGGCGAGAAGGACCACCACCACGAGGAGCAGAGGCAGCAGGAGACCACACCAAUCGGAUCAGAACUUGGACGAUAACUUUGUUUUGCCGAGCUUCGAUGGCACGAUCACCAUAACACAUCGAAUACCAACGGAGUCCACCAUUCCCGUCGUUAAUGGUAAAAUAACAGAAUAUAAGAACAUUGUAACGGCCAAAUACAGUACAGAGGUGUUGAAUCCAAUACAGUAUUCGACCAGCAUCGACGCCUUCGGCAAGGAGCUGAAGGUGCUCUCUAGCGAGAAAACGAGCUUCGGUAACAACGGUGCCACCUUAAUCACGCAGUUCGUUUUGCGCGAGACGCCUACGACGAGCGUCACAUACACCCCCACUUAUAUUAGGGGGAGAAAGACGUCGUUUUCGCACGUCAUACCCAGCACCGCCUACGGGGUCGAAGAAGUGGUGAACACAAUACAGCCCGUAUUGGCGGCUCAAGCGCCUCUGGCUAACAUUCUGCUCUCUCAGUUGCUUUUGGGAGGUGGACUAGCGCAGAAUCCUCUUUUGGCAUUGCAAAACAGCCCAGCGGCGGCCACUCCUACCACGGAAUACAAAAUCCGUACUACGAGUUAUGUUACCACCGUAACCAGCACCUUGGAAACCGUGAUACCCUUAACGUUUAGGGGAAAAGAAAUACUGACGACCAUAUUGGAUACCACCGCCAAGGUCGUCACGGCUACUGAGUUCUUAACAGAUACGGUGGUUGUAACGCCAACGCAGGCCCUGGGCUUCGGCCUGGGAACACAGCUGAACACACUGCUGUUGCCGCUGCUUCAGCAGCAGCUGCAGUCGCAAGUGAUACCGAACCAAAUACCUUUGCAACCUCAGAACACGAGCAAUCUUUUUACGGUAUCGGAGCCGCAGGCUGAGGAAGAUUUGGAGCACAACGAUCUGGUUGUAGAAGAAACCUACAGGGAGAUGAAGAGGAAGAAUAAAAAAACGCCGGUACCAUCUUCAAAGGAAACCAGCGUUAUCACUCUGUACGUUUCGGGUAGAACACCAGGAGAAUUUAGCACCGUUCUAUCGACGGUAACAGUCGGCGAUGAGGGCCGGAGAAAGCGCGAGGUGCCAGUUAAGCCCUCGGCAAGGUUCGAACGCGUCGAAGACGUGGACGGCGUUGUAAUGCCUGCACCUAAAGGUUUUACAAUAGAAUUUUCGGAGGGAGGCACGAGAGAAACCGAAAGCUUAGAGAGCAUAAUCGGAGACGUCACUAAACACGUUACGAACGUCAAACCCACGGAGAAACGCGAGAUUCGAUACGUCAAAGCGUCGGAAGAUUUAAUCAGACAGUCGUCCGAUGAUUUUUUAGCGUAAAAGACCUCAGCAGU